AGGAUCAAAAGAAGAUGAAUCAGAUGAUGAGUCAGAGGCUGGGAGUGAGAGUGGAUAUGAUGGAGAUGAAGAAGAAAGGGAGGAUAGUGAUGAUGAAGACAGUGGGAGCAAUUAUAAUGUUGAUGAUAGUGAUAAUAAUAAUUAUAAUGGAUGA